GAUAAAAAAAGAAUAUUUUUGGAACUCAUUGGCUUUAAACUGAAAUUUUGAAUUUAAAGGUUGCAGCUGGACAAUUUCUCCAGUACAAAGCAGGAUGUGUUGUUAGCGGUGCAAUACGAGACUCCAAUCGAGAGAAUGCUUUGAAACAUGUUGGGCGCCUGACGUUAAAUGAUACAUUUUUUAUUCGCAGAAUGAUAUUGUUUCAUAAAAUUGUGUAUGAGCAUGCUGGUUUACUAUUAAGAAAUUUUCUUGAGUAUAACUCAUCUAACACAAGCUCAAAUAAUAAAGGUCAUAUGGAAAAAAUGUCGGCGGUAUUACGACGAUCAUCGUCAGCUUCAUCGCCAUCUGUCCUGCCGUCUCCUUCUUCACCAAAGAAACAAAACGCUGGACGUCCAAAAAUUCAGCUAACCACUCUCGAACAAGACACAAUUCGGCUGACAUUUCAUCUUUUAUUGAAAGAUAAAAUAUAUCCCACACUUGAAAAUUUACUGUCAGCAUUAUUGGCUCAAAAACCUGAUUUUCCUAUUCGGUCGCGAAUGUUGUUACAUCGUCAGCUGAAAUUGAUUGGUUUUAAAUACAGGCAAACGAAGAAAGCAAAUGUAUUAAUGGAUGCAACAGCAAUUCAAGCCCAAAGAGCUGUUUAUUUUCGAAAAUUAGAGGAAUUACGAUCAUCUAAAGCCGUUCUGUAUUACCAUGAUGAGACAUGGAUGAAUCGUAAUGAGGAGAAAACCGUUAUCUGGUUUGAUGAUGAAGGAUUUGGUCGCCUUCGAAAUAGUGAAGGAAAAGGACAGCGGUUGGCAAUAAGUGGAUUAAUCAGUCUGAGUGGCUUUCAUCUGAGAUCAUUAGAUAUGUUUAAGUGUGAUAAAGUACAUUCUAUGGAUAGUAAACACUUCGUCGAAUGGAUGGAAACUACAGCCAGUACUCUACCAGCUGAACAUGGAAAAGCAACGCCAAUAGCUAUUUUGAUUGAUAAUGCCACAUGGCACAAUAAACUGGCUCCUGAAUCUGAACCACCAAAACGAGCUUGGCAAAAAGCAUUAGUCGCUGAUUGGUUAACUCAAAGAAAAAUCAAAUUUGAAUUGUAUAUGACGAAAGCCGAGCUACUCGAAUUAGCAUUUCAACA